CAAAGCUACCGUCUCUCCAACACAGAAGAAUCCCUCAUGGAAUCCCUUCGUAUCAACACAACACUGCUGAAUAAAAUCCUCUCAUUCCUGUCAGAAGGCCAAUGUACCGGCUGUAACCGUUCCACCUCCGUAGUCAGUGCCCAAGAUGAAGACCCAGUCAGACUGGCGUACAUCCUAAUACUGAUGUGUGCCUUCGCCUUCUUCACCUUGGUUAUUAUGUACUGGAAAAUCUAUUCUAGGCAGCCAGGAAAUUCUACAGAUCCCUAUCAUACUUAUAUCAUAGGAACAUGGAAGAUGGAACAAAAACUCCUUGACACUCAAAAGGACACUUCACUAACUAUUGAAAACAAAGCAGUAACAUUUAGUAAUACUGGAGCAGAAGCUGAAACACCUUAGCUAAUGUUUUAACAUGUACUGGAUAUAUGUUAAAUGGCCUGAACUCCUGUGUAAAACUUACUAAGACCUAUGUCAAACCACAGACUAUCUUCAACAUAAAUACAAUGGUCCAUUCUCUUCCGUA